AUGGACGAUGAGAAGGGCAGUGGAGCUUGGAGUCGUGUCCCGACGUGGGAUGGCGACCCGAAAUCUUGGAGAGCAUUCAAGAGGGAGAUGGACUGGUGGUUGGAAUCCUUGGAUGUUGCUAGUACCACCAAAUACAAUCUAGCAGCACGUUGGUUGUUGAGACAAACAGGAAUAGUAAGGCAACGUGGGGAAGAGUUUAGUCCCAGUGAGCUUGCCCAUCAACCUGAAGUGACUGGUCGCGAUCCUGAGACAGGUGAGGAUGUGGUUCUGACUCCUGCUGAUCCUCUCCAUGGCAUUCGCAAGCUCAUGAGUGCCUUGGAGUCAAUCAAUGGAAAGACUGUGUUGGACAAGCGAGGUGAUUUGCGGAAUUCCUUUUAUUUGGAAAUGAAAAGGAAACCAGGAGAAAGAAUUUCGGAAUUUUGCACCAGAUUUCGUUCAGCAGUGGCUGACCUGCGAAUGGAAGGAGUGACACUUCCUUCCGGGGAAUUGGGCUGGUUCCUGAAACAAAAGUUGGGUUUAGAUGCCAUCCGCCAGCAACUUUUGGAGACGGCGUUGCAGGGGAAGGAAACAUACGAAGAAACCGAGGUGGAAGUGCUGAGACUUUUCAGGGACUUGCAUGUUUCUGAUCCUUUGUCAAGGCGUGUGACUGAAGCUCCAAGGAAUCCAGUGCUCAAUCGUUUCUUGGCUCAGCAGCGUGGUUUUCCUUCUAGGAGUUCGUAUCCUCCUUCAUCUGCAGCGGCAUCCAUGUCUUCUGGUGGUUCUGGUAAGACUUCAUCCACUUUUGCCUCGAGAAACUCUACAUACCGUAGGCCUUUUCCUUCUUCCAUGCGUCAGGCAAAUGUCACCGAGACUGAAGAGGACGAAGCUCCUGAAGAUGAAGAGGAGCCGACGGCUGAGCCUGAGGGUGGUGGAAAUUUGGAGGAGGUGUUGCAGGCCGAGGCAGAGAUCUUGGCCACAGAACUUGAGGAGGCGUUGGAAGAUGGAGUUGAUGCAGACUUCAUCCAAAGCCUUGAGGAUUCUGUAGAGUCUGCGGCAGAAGCUUUGGUGACAAUGCGAGAAGCGAGGCAUCAACUGGCUGAAGUCAAGAAGGACAGAGGCUAUGGCAAAGUGCCUCCAUCUGGCUCUGCAGCUUCAUCGGCCAAGUCAAAGGUCGAUGCCAAAAAGUCCUCGGGAAAGUAUCCCUGUUUUGACUGUGGAAAGCCCGGUCAUUGGGCGGGCGAUGCGGCUUGCCCGAACCCAGGUGCUGGCUUGGGUCGAAAAAGUGCUCGCAAGCCAAAGUCUGUCAAGGUUGUGGAGUCCUUCAACACCGAGCAUGUGGUAGAUGUUGGACUUCAGGAACCCCAAGAGGUCAAUGAGGUUUUGACAGUGAGCAAGGCGUACCCCAACAUGUCUAUUGGUGAAGCACUUGACCAUGUUCCCCCUGGCAGAGAAGUCAAUGCUGUUCAUGUCGGCCUGGCUCAGGACAAGCGUUUGGUUGGAGCGUUGGACUCAGCCUGCAACCGGACCGUGACAGGUCCACAAUGGCUGAACACGUUCAUUCAAGCUCUUCAAACAGCUCCUAGUGAUGUUCAAGCGUUGGUUCAAUGCACCCCUGAGAAUGAGACCUUUAGGUUUGGUGAUGGUGGAACUCAAGUCAGCCGAGAGCGUUGGCGUCUUCCUAUGAUGAUUGGUAACAAUUUGGUAUGCUUCAAUGUCUCCAUUGUCCCUGUCCCCAGUCUUGGUCUUCUUCUUGGAAGAGAUUUUUUGGAAACCUUGGGUGCUACCAUGAGCUUUUCGAAAAGGGUCAUCAAGUUUGACUACAUUGAUUCGACAGCCAUUCCUCUGAAGCAACUCGCUGCAGGCCAUUACCUGCUGCCGCUGCUCCCGCCAUCUUGGAGAGGUGUGGGCACUCAGCGUUGGAGGAGACUUGGCAUUGAUGGUGUGGUUGAGCUUCAGAUGUCAACAAAGGAGUGGCUGCGUAGAAAGUUGGGUAGUCAGACAGACAUUGAAAGUCAAAAGGGUUCACAUGAGCAUUUUCUCACAGAACGCAGUUUGAAGGCAAGUUUAGUGGUUCAUGAUUUUGUGGAUGAAGAUGAAGCGGAUAACGUGCCAACCUUGGUUCAAGAUCUCCGCAUGACUCGUCGUGCCAAUUCAGUUUUUCCGACAUCUUCAUCUCCUGCGUCCUCCCGACCGAGCUCUUUGGCACGGCGCUCUGAGCGUGAGUGCUUGACUGUGACUCAUGGAAAUGCCGGCAAAUGUGGGGUUCAUGCAAAAGUGGCGAAGAUUCGUUCUGCGCCUCGCCGAAAGAUCCCGAUGGCACUUUUCUGGACUUUUGCUUUGGCUUGUGCGGCAUCCCGAACUUCGGCAUCUCCCUUGUCCGCCUUGGAGAUGAUGGAAGCCAAGAGUUUGCCAAGGUCGGCUUUUCUGAAGGUGCAAAAGGCAGGUGGGAUCAAUCUCCUGAACUUGCAGAAUGCCGUGACGCUGCGAAACCGCAUGGGCCUGAAACUGGCCUUCUUGGAAGACCCGCUGCUUUCCGGAAUGUUGGCUGGGAAGGCAGUUGCGGGUCUGGCUUCGCAGAUCAAGCGGGAUGUCAUCAAGGAGGCCCAGCAAAAGGCAGUGGUGGCGUUUCAAAAGGGCAAGGCAGAGGACGAAGCACGGUCCUUGAUAGGUCCUCGAGGUGGACUUCCAACUUUGCGUCAAGACUUAGUGAGAUUGGCAGCCUUGCUGAAGGUGAACGUGACGGACAAGAUGACUGUCCCAGAGAUCAAAGAGGCAGUUCGGCCCAGUGUGGAGCUUUUGAAGAACCAGCCAAAGUCAAAGGCACAAGCACCGGCCGAGCCUCGUUUCAAGGCUCCUCCGGCUCAGUUGGCAAAGGCGCCAAGUGUCACGAGGUCUUCAGCGUCUUCUCUUCCGCUGGAGGUCCAAUCCCAAAUUCAAGUUCAGCAAAAGCAGUUUCAAGAGAUGAUGAAUCAAGUCGCAAUGGCAUUGAAUCAGCUUCAUCAAGGGCAUGGAAUCCAAAGUCAAGGAGCCGUGACGAAUCAGUUCGACAUGGCGGCCAGCGAUGUGAUGAUGGCAGAUCAGUGCGACGAUGGCAUGGUGCCGUCACAGGAGGAUUGGGAUCGGAUCAAUGCGGAGGGUUGCCAAGACCUUAUGGAAGGAGAAUGGCAGCAACGACUGGAGGCCCAAUAUGGCCCUGUAGACCUGACCGCGGAGGAGAGAACAGUGGUGUUGGAUCCGUGA